GAAACGGAUAGCUUUCUACACGCAUCUGUGAUAUUUUCGCUUUCGCAUCUAUCCUAUGAAUAAACCGAUGGCCUACUGUUUCGAAUAAUGCUCCGUAUAAGGGGACGACAUGGGGCUGAGGACGAGGCGCGAGGCUGAAGCUGAUUUGCGCCCUACUUCCAGCCGUAUAAAUGGUGGAGUUCCCCAAGUCUGCCCCCAAGCUUCCCCAAGUCUGCCCCAAUAUCCAACAUUCUUGACAAUGACUUCCCACCGACCUCAGAACGAACUGGAUGGCCUUCAAGACUAUAUUGAUGCUGAAUUGUUAGAAAUGGAGAGGCUGUCAAAAUUAGAAACUGAAAAAAAUCCGUCUGACACCAGCCUGGACAUGAAUCAUACUUUGUGCGAUACCAUUGAUCCUAUCAAUUUCCAAGACCUCAUGACUCCUUACCCAGUGUCUGUCAGUCAUACCGCUGCCAAGGCUGUUUACAGCGAUCUAGGAUGGCUUGCAAUGAGCACUGGAGAUGGCACUGCAAGCGUUUACUUUAAUCAAUUGUUUCAAGCCAAUGUUACAGCAACUAGGAACCCCUUCGAGUGGAACGGAGAGCACGCUACCUUCACUUCACCCUUUGUCGGUCUUGAUCAUACUCCAGAAAACAACCUAAUCAAUAACAAUCGGCCUACACCAUCCAAUUCCACAGUUCAACACCACAAUCGCCGCAAAGAAAAGGUACACUGCACUCAUCAAGGUUGCACAAAGACCUUUGGGCGACCCAAUGACCUCCGCCGCCAUCUCAAGUUGCAUAUUAGUGCGCCAGACAUUCCAUGUACUGCCGAAGGCUGUAAGCGGAUGUUUUACCGGAUGGACAACCGUCGAGCCCACGAGCGGCGAGUCCACAAAGUCUUUGCUUAGCUCCAAUAACGGAGGUGGGGGUUCUUGAAAACCGUCGGGGCGAUGUAGAUACGUGACCGGUCCUCACGAUGUCUUUGCGCCGUUAUGUCUUAUUUCUGUGUCUUCUAUAGAUUUACACCUUUCAUAUAAUAUACAUAUAUAAAUAACGCG